UAUGUUUGGUGCAGUAUUUCAAAAUGAAAACAUUUGCUUGAAACGAGUGUUCUCUCGUUGAACGACAACAAAUACUUUACAGAAGAAUCCCUACUCUUGACCAAUCAGCGACGAAGGGGCGUAGACUUCGGCUCCGAACUUCCUUGCCUCUCGGGAAAAAUCCCGUGUGCCCGAACUGCCGAAAACCCCCCCACAGAUUUCCAAAAACGAACAAAAACUUCACAAAAUGUCGUCAUGAUAUGUGCACGAACUCUUCCGAACUGUUUCGGAUGGGAAGCAUGCGGACGCUGAAGCUUCUCUGGUUGCAACCCAGUCUAUAUUGGGUUGCUGGUUAGGGUAGGGACGUCCCAAUGAGCCCGAGUAGCACUAACCAUUUCAUCUGUCGCACUGCUAACGUUAGCUGCUUGAGAGUGACUUUCAACAGUUUGCUAGAUUUUGGACCUGAACUUUCACUACGUGGUAUCGUCUGUAUUUUUCAUGCAAAUGUGACAAACCCUACUAAUUUCAUUUGAGUUUUUGUGACCACUCACAGUGGCCAUACAUAUACUUAUGUACAUUAUUUUUUGGGCUCGCUGCCUAAAGCGGUGCGGCUGUCGGAGACUAAACUAUACGUGUAUGCCGCCAACCUGGACGGGUGAACCAGGGAACAUACAAAACUACAGAGAAGAGCGACUCGCCCGGGACCCUCUGGCCACCUCGGAGAGUCAGAAUCCACCACAGUUCAGCAACGACCCUCUGACUUGGAAUGACAGCUAGCUAGCAAGGCAACUCAACUAAUUGAAAACGUUGCAAAUACCGCCAGACAGAGGAAGUUGUUGGAGGAUUAUCAAGCAAUGCAUAUUUUCAUCGAGUAGUCUGUACACCCUUGAUCAGAUUAGCCCAGUACUCAUCACACACACCCCUGCAAGCCACCAUGGAGGAUGACCUGAUGUUUAGUAUGGAGGAGGUGGGAAGUGCUCAGCAUAACCCAGGGAAACAGAGGACCCCAGGUCAACGUGCUCCAUCCCUUAGCGAAGCUAAUGAUAGCGGUGAGGACGACUACUACAUCUGUCCCAUCACAGACGACCCUGUCAGCCAGGCCAAAGACAUCUGUGGCUAUCUGAAGAACCUGGUCCACAGCAAUCAGCUGUCCAACUCUCCCCAAAACUCCUUAAUGUACAAGAAUGAAACAGAAACAGAGAAAGAAACUCCACAACAACGGUUGGUCGAGUUUGGGGCGUUAUCUGACAAUGCACGGGCGGCGUGGAAUAGAGCCUUAGAGAAGGCCAAGGCCAUGCCUGAUCUCUGGGCUGAGUUUCACCUGGAGGAAGUCAAGACAGAGCCAUGCAUACGAUACAGGUACAAGGCUAUCACGGCGGAGUGGUCUCAAGACACAGUGCACAUCAAGAUGUCUGGCCAGCCUUUUGGACGCGGUGCCAUGAGGGAAUGCUUCAGAACGAAGAAGCUGUCUAACUUCUCCCACAGUAGUAACUGGAAGAGUGCGUGUAACUAUGUGACGAAGCGCUACAUGGAGCCUGUGGACAGGGAUGUGUACUUUGAGGAUGUCAGGCUGCAGAUGGAGGCCAAACUCUGGGGAGAAGAGUACAACCGCCACAGGCCACCCAAACAGGUGGACAUCAUGCAGAUGUGUGUGAUUGAGAUGAUGCAGCGUCCAGGUAAACCUCUGUACCACCUGGAGCACUACAUCGAGGGGAAGUACACCAAAUACAACUCCAACUCCGGCUUCGUCAAGGAUGACAACAUCAGGCUCACUCCACAGGCAUUUAGUCACUUCUCGUUUGAGCGUUCGGCCCACCAGCUGAUCGUGGUGGACAUCCAGGGGGUGGGGGACCUCUACACGGACCCCCAGAUCCACACAGAGAAGGGCAAAGACUUCGGAAACGGAAACCUGGGUGUGCGGGGCAUGGCACUGUUCUUCCACUCCCACCUGUGUAAUAAGAUCUGUAAGAGUAUGGGCCUCACACCCUUUGACCUCUCCACUGCAGAGAAAAGCCAGCUGGACUGCACCAACAGACUGCUGAGGUCGGCCCAGACGGUACUGAGGGGUAGUGAGGAACAGUGUGGUUCAGCUCGUGUUCGUACCAUCUCAGUGGGCCGUGCGCCCCCACUUCUCUCCCAUCUGUCAGAGACCUCGACUGGGGACGACACUAUAAGUGACUCCAUCCCCUGCUCGCCCCUCUCCUUCCCUGGCUCCCCCCUAGGACAGCACUUCUCUAUGGGCUCCAUGGGCAAGUCUACUCUGGGUUGGUCUUUCGUAAAUGAGAGGGAUGAACGGGAGAAACACAACAACCGCAGCCACAGCCCAGAACACAAGGACUCAGAGAAUGGAGGAGGCAGUGGGUGUCCAAGUGAGAGGAGGAGUGAAGGGGACCCCAACAACCAUGCAGACGGGGGACAUUACUCUUCUCUACACCAACACUCAGUCUUGCUGACAGAUGAGAAAUGGAGUGUCUACCACUCUUCUCGUUCUCACGUCCACCGGCCAUCCUGUGUUGCUGUGGAGAUGGAGAGACUCGACUCUAUGAUCCUGGAGAAGAAGACCGGGAAGUCCAUCUUGGGGAAAGUCCACCUGGCGAUGGUGAAUUACCACGAGGUUGGUCGGUUCUGUGAAAAGGAGGAGCAGUGGGACCAGGACUCAGCCAUGUACCACCUGGAGACGGCAGCCAUGUGUGGGGAACUAGAGGCUAUCAUUGCCCUGGGACAGYGUUACCUACAGCUGCCACACCAUAUACUGUCAGAGAUUGAGCUAGAGGACAACUCAGGGAGCCGUAUGAAGGCUUUUAAGUUCCUGCUGCAGGCUGCUGAGGCAGGAGACAGACCCUGUAUGAUCCUGGUGGCCAGGGCCUUCGACACCGGCAUCAACCUCUCACCAGACAGGUCCCAGGACUGGAAGGAGGCGGUGAGCUGGUACGACUGUGCCCUGAACAUGACGGACUAUGACGAGGCAGGCGAGUUUGACGGCAUGCAGGAUGAGCCUCCCUACCUGCUGCUGGCCAGAGAGGCUGAGAUGUACGAGGAGGGGGGCCCUGGCUUGGACCGAGACCCACAGAGAGCAGGUGAUCUGUUCACACAGGCAGCAGACGCAGCCAUGGAAGCAAUGAAAGGCCGACUGGCCAACCAGUACUAUAUGAAAGCAGAGGAGGCCUGGGGCAUGAUGGAGGAAGAGGAGUAGGAGACAGAGGGGACGUCACUCUACAAGGCCAAAGGAAUCGGCUAAUGUAGUGAUGGAUACUUGUCCCUAAUGUUUUAAAGUUUACAGACACUUUUACUGUGAUUUCCAAAAUGCAGUGUGAGUGUAUGAUCUGUGUGUGACCAAUUAUGCAGCUGUCCUCUGGCCUAGCUAUGUUUCUUGGUGAUAACUGAAGGAAUUGUCUUUAUUUUACACUCUUUCUGUUUGGAGCUGGUCUUUGUCUUUUCAUCCAUUUUCCCCUUUUUUCUAUUCCUGUCCCCAUUGCCCUUUUGAAUAUAGUGUAUUCAGACCUCUUGACUUUUUCCACAUUUUGUUACGUUACAGCCUUAUUCUAAAAUGCAUUAUUUUAUUUGU